AUGGACGAAGACAACGCCUGGGUCUUCGACUCGCUAGUCACCUUCCUCAACGGCCCCAUCUGGAACGCCCCGCUGCAAACCUUCAUCGAAGAGAAAUCGCUCAUAUUCGAACCGAACGUCGACGACAACGAAGACUAUCAAAAAAUAUUCGAUGAAUUCAAAAAUUUGGUGGACUUCAUGCUCGGCACGUUCAUGGAGGACAUCGGCAUCACAUCCGAACAAUUCGAAAACGCCUGCAAAGAGAGCAGGAAAUACCACGUAGCCUUCGAUCCUAGCUCGUUCGAGCAAGUCUGGGCGGCGAACGACUACGAAAUGUUCAAGAAAAUGAUGACCCAACGGAACGUGGAGCUGCAACUGCAGGCGCUGGAGCUCAUCGAGAGGAAGUACGGCAUCACCCCGCAAUCGUUCGUGCCCAAAGAGAGAGCCGGUAGGGAAAACGCGGGCGUGACACGCGAGAUCCCGGUGACCGUGGAGAAAUCUUCUAGAUUGGAAACCGAUGUUAUGGAGGAGGUGUCCAAGAGCUUUUCGAAGGAGGAUAUUGAGCAGCCGUCGGCACCGAUUAGAGUUGAGAAUAUUUUGGAAGAGAAAGAACAUUUAUCAAAAACUUUAGAGGAAACUAAAGAAAAAUAUUCCAAACAGGAGUUACCAAAGAAAACCACCACCAAAUCCGAAACUAAAGAAGAAAUUGAACAAACUAAACAAAUCGAAAACAAGCAAAAGGUCGACGCCAUAGAGUUGAAAAAGCGGCAGGAGUACCUGCGAGCUCAGCGCGACAAGCUGGUGGCCCUGAAGAAAGAGGUCAGGCGCAAGCAGCUGGACUCGACGGCGUCGACUUCCAAGACGGGCGCGCGCCCGAAAUCGGCCAAAGCCGCCCAAGUGGUCCUAACCGGAGGAGCGCCCAACGUGGACACUCAUCAGAGCCUACUCAACAAACUCAUCGAAUUCGAUAAAUCAAAAUUGUUGAAGAUAUUUUACAAAAGCGAUUCCUUGCACUUUUUGAAUUAG